UGCAAAGAAGGGACGAAAGAGCCCGUGCUCUGCUCAGUGAUGUCGAACAUGGCGAGGGCUGUGCACUCAAAAUCAUCGCUUUCCACGAAGCCAUUUUCGAGGGUGCUCUUGUUUUCGCUUGUGAUGCUGCUGUUGGGUGCAAGUUCGGUCCUUUCUGGUUCCAUUGUGAAGUAUCUUCCUGGCUAUGAAGGAGGAGAGCUUCCGUUCAAGCUCGAAACCGGGUACGUGACUGUGGGCAGUUUGGAGCUGUUCUACUACUUCAUAGAAUCGCAAGGGAACCCAGAAGAGGAUCCUAUUUUCCUGUGGCUCACUGGAGGCCCUGGUUGCUCCUCCUUCAAUGGCGUCAUCUACGAGAUAGGAGGUCCAUUGGAGUUUGAUAUUGACAAUUACGUUGGAGGAUUACCGAAAUUGCGACCUUAUGAGUACUCAUGGACGAAGACAGCCAGCGUCCUAUUUGUGGAUUCGCCGGUUGGUACUGGUUUUUCAUAUUCCACGACAGAAGAAGGAUGGUAUACUUCAGACUCAAGUUCAGCAGAGCAAGCAUAUGAGUUUCUCAGGAAGUGGAUGGUCGAGCACCCGCAAUAUCUCGCUCUUCAACUAUUCAUUGGCGGUGAUUCUUACUCUGGCAUGAUGGUUCCCCUUGUCACCAAAUAUGUGGUGGACGCUAACAAGGAUCUUGUAGUGCCGCGCCUGAAUCUCAAGGGUUAUUUAGUUGGAAGUCCAAGAACAGAUUCAGUUGUUGAUGAAAACUCGAAGAUUGUAUUUGCUCACAGAUUGGCACUUAUCUCUGAUGAACUCUAUGAGGCAGCAAAAACAAGUUGUAAUGAGACCUAUGUUAAUGUGGAUCCAUCAAACACAGAUUGCUGGACUGCUCUUGGGGCAAUUAAAAGGUGUGUUAAAGAUAUUUGGAGCAAUGACAUUUUGGAACCAAAGUGUGUCUUCGCAUCCCCUAAGAUGAACCCUGACAUUGGUCGUCGAUCUGUACAAGAGGAUACGACAGAGUUUCUUCUUUCUCCCCCGAGAAUUCCUGAAUAUUGGUGCCGGACCUUUAACUAUGCUUUGUCCUAUACGUGGUCAAAUGAUCUUAGGGUCCAGAAAGCUUUACAUGUUCGACCGGAGACAGUAAUGGACUGGAAGAGGUGCAACAAAAGCUUAGCAUACACAAAAGACAUUCAGAGCGUUGUUGAAGUUCAUAAAAACCUCAGCACACUGGGUUUAGAGGUCUUGGUGGAGUGUGGUGAUCGCGACAUGGUUGUUCCGUUUGUGGGUACGGUUGAAUGGAUAAAACGUCUCAAUUUGACGGUUGUAAAUGACUGGCGACCGUGGUUUGUGGAUGGUCAAGUUGCAGGAUACACGAAGAAAUACUCAGAACAUGGAUAUCGAUUAACUUAUGCUACAGUCAAGGGUGCUGGACACACAGCUCCAGAGUAUUAUAGAAGAGAAUGCUACGAAAUGUUUAUGAGAUGGGUCCAUUAUUAUCCUCUCUAGUAGUCAGUUAGGAUUAUGGACAGUAUCGGAAUGUGCUCUCUCCUCUAGUAUCAUCAGAGCCGGUAAUCUGUAUCGUUCAACUAUUGAGGACGAGGUGUGCAUAUUCGUACCAUAAUCCUUCGGUGUACGGAUGAGUAAUGCAUUUGUCAAGCCCUUCUUUAUGAAUAAACAUGUUUCCUUUCAUGUCAGCAA